CGCCCCUCGCCGCCCGGGGUCCCCGAAGCUUCCGGGGCGCGUGCUCACCAUCAGGUCCCCGGGGCCUUGUGCCCGGCCUCGGGUCUCCCCGCGCUCCCAGGGGAGCACCGCUGCAAGCUAGCUGGGCGGCGCGGCCAGCGCCCUCUAGGCAGCGGAAGUGGCGCCGGCUUUACAUCCGUCCUCCCAGCCUCGCGGAGCUGGGAGAAGGCCGCCGGGGGGGUGGAAAAAUAAAAGGAAAAGUCCUCGCAUCAUGUAACUCCGCGCCCCGCAUCGGCGUCCCGGCCGUCCCGGGCUCCCCAUCUGCGGCCAUGAACGCGAGCAGCGAGGCCGAGGGGUUCCCGGGCUCCGUGCAAAUUCCAGGUGGCACAACGGUGCUGGUUGAGCUGACUCCUGACAUCCACAUCUGUGGCAUCUGCAAGCAACAGUUUAACAACCUGGAUGCCUUUGUAGCUCACAAGCAAAGUGGCUGCCAGCUGACCGGCACGCCCGGGGCGACCCCCAGCACAGUCCAGUUUGUAUCAGAGGAAACAGUGCCUGCCACCCAGACGCAGACCACCACCAGAACCAUCACUUCGGAAACCCAGACCAUCACAGUUGCAGCUCCAGAAUUUGUUUUUGAACAUGGCUAUCAAACUUAUCUGCCCACGGAAAGCAAUGAAAACCAGACAGCCACUGUCAUCUCUCUCCCUGCCAAGUCACGCACCAGAAAGCCCACAGCCCCACCUGCUCAGAAAAGGCUUAACUGUUGCUAUCCAGGUUGCCAAUUCAAGACUGCCUAUGGCAUGAAGGACAUGGAGCGGCAUUUAAAAAUUCACACAGGAGACAAACCCCAUAAGUGUGACGUCUGUGGCAAGUGCUUCAGCCGGAAGGAUAAACUGAAGACCCACAUGCGGUGCCACACGGGCGUCAAGCCCUACAAGUGCAAGACAUGUGACUACGCCGCAGCCGACAGCAGCAGCCUGAACAAGCACCUGCGGAUACACUCUGACGAGCGGCCCUUCAAGUGCCAGAUCUGCCCCUACGCCAGCCGCAACUCCAGCCAGCUCACCGUCCACCUCCGAUCCCACACGGCUGCAGAACUGGAUAACGAUGUUCCAAAGCCACCCUGCCUCUCCGCUGAAAGCAGUGACACCCAGAAGGCCCCUGCCACCUCUCUUCCCUCAGAGGCAAAGGAACAAACAGCCACCCUUGGAGAGAGGACGUUCAACUGUUGCUAUCCAGGUUGCCACUUCAAAACUGUUCAUGGCAUGAAAGAUCUGGACCGCCACCUUAGAAUCCACACGGGAGAUAAACCUCACAAGUGUGAGUUCUGCGACAAGUGCUUCAGCCGGAAGGACAACCUGACAAUGCACAUGCGGUGCCACACCAGCGUGAAGCCCCACAAGUGUCACCUCUGUGACUAUGCCGCCGUGGACAGCAGCAGCCUGAAGAAGCACCUGCGGAUACAUUCUGACGAGCGGCCGUACAAAUGCCAGCUCUGCCCCUACGCCAGCCGCAACUCCAGCCAGCUCACCGUCCACCUCCGAUCCCACACGGGGGACACCCCCUUCCAGUGCUGGCUCUGUAACGCCAAGUUCAAAAUCAGCUCGGACUUGAAAAGGCACAUGAUCGUGCACUCGGGGGAGAAGCCUUUCAAGUGUGAGUUUUGUGACGUCCGCUGCACCAUGAAGGCGAACCUCAAGUCACACAUCCGCAUCAAGCACACCUUUAAGUGUCUGCACUGUGCCUUCCAGGGCCGGGACCGGGCCGACCUCCUAGAGCACAGCCGGCUGCACCAGGCUGAUCACCCCGAGAAGUGCCCCGAGUGCAGCUACUCCUGCUCCAGCGCAGCCGCCCUGCGCGUGCACAGCAGGGUCCACUGCAAGGACCGCCCCUUCAAGUGUGACUUCUGCAGCUUCGACACCAAGCGGCCCAGCAGCCUGGCCAAGCACAUCGACAAGGUGCACAGGGAUGAGGCCAGAACGGAGAACCGGGCCCCGGUGGGCAGAGAAGGGCCCAGAGAGAGCAGCUCCCAACACGUGGCCAAAAUAGUGACCCAGAGGGCCUUCUGCUGUGAUACCUGCGGUGCCUCCUUUGUCAGGGACGACUCUCUAAGAUGCCAUAAGAAGCAGCACAGUGACCAGAGUGAGAAUAAGAACUCGGAGUUGGUCACUUUUCCAUCGGAGAGCAGUGCCUCAAGCCAGCCUGGCACCCUGGUCUCCGUGGGCCAGCUUGAGGCACCCCUGGAGCCCAGCCAAGGCCUCUAGUUCAGCCAAGGAGAGUUGUCAGCUGUCAGGAAUCCCAAACAAAGGCUGUUGCCCAGCCCUCCAAGGCAGACUGGCUAUCAGUCCCGACGAUGCCUCUUCCUGCCUUUCAGUCUUCUAGAAGCAAUGGCUCAAGUGACCCUGGCGUGAGGACAGAUACCAAGUAACGCGGUAAUGACACUUCUCCACGUUGCCAUCUUCCCUCCAAGAAUGAUCUAAGCCAGUUGUUCAGAGGUGGGAGCCAUGGGGCACUGCUCUGUCCAGUAGGAGUCACCUCUUCAUGAUGGAUUCCAGUCUUAAAUCUGAUCUGGAAUUCCUAAAUCUUAAAAAAAAAAAAAAAAAAAA